CUGAACAAAAAAAUGGAAAAAUGUCUUCAGGUGAGGAUAAAAAAAAAGCCCAGCAUAGCAUACUGGCAUAGACAGCUUCCUGUUUACAUUCUUGGUGAUAGACGGAUGACAAUGAACACCCAUGAAGUUUCUCUGUAGCAUCCACGGGCUGUCUUGCUGGCUCUUUCGGAUAAGGGCUUCAGAAGCCAUCUGGGCGGGCUGGGAGGUUUGUGCUCUCUGCUCCGUGGCCGGUGUCUGAAGAGGAGGAAAGAGGCACCGAGAAUAAGCAGUCUGAUCCGCUCUCGCCGAGCAGCUGCCCUGCUUCAUGUCACAGUGGACACGGGCUCCCCUGUUCCGAAGUCACAUUGGAAUCUGAUACCAAACAAAAUACGCUCUUAAACUACAGUGUGUCGGUGCCCAGGCACCAGCAUUCUAGACGUGGCGGGAUCCUGUGAGUCUGCGUGGAGCCCUUUGCAACCACGCAUGGCAUCCGAAUCGUCAGUUGAAGGAAUGGGACAGCAGUUUUGAAAGUCCCAGUACACAGCAGAAUCGUGGUUUUCACAUGCAUUCCAGAUUGUAAAGAAUCUCCGAGGUCUGCCCUCUGGUUGGAAGAUGUCGGUGCUCACUGCCCUGUUUAAGUACGUGGAUGAAAAUCAGGAUCGCUACAUUAAGAAGCUUGCGGAAUGGGUGGCCAUCCAGAGCGUGUCCGCGUGGCCCGAGAAGAGAGGGGAAAUCCGAAGGAUGAUGGAAGUCGCCGCGGCGGACAUCAAGCAGCUGGGCGGCUCUGUGGAGCUGGUGGACAUUGGGAAACAGAAGCUCCCUGAUGGCUCAGAGAUACCACUUCCUCCCAUUCUGCUCGGCAAGCUGGGCUCCGACCCCCGCAAGAAAACCGUGUGCAUCUACGGCCAUCUGGACGUGCAGCCGGCAGCCCUGGAGGACGGCUGGGACAGCGAGCCCUUCACCCUGGUGGAGCGAGACGGCAAACUGUACGGGAGAGGUUCGACCGAUGACAAGGGACCCGUGGCCGGCUGGGUGAACGCCCUGGAAGCGUUUCAGAAAACGGGUCAUGAAAUCCCUGUCAACGUCCGCUUCUGUCUGGAGGGCAUGGAGGAGUCGGGCUCCGAGGGCCUGGACGAGCUCAUCUUUGCCCAGAAAGACACUUUCUUUAAGGACGUGGACUACGUCUGCAUUUCCGACAACUACUGGCUGGGGAAGAAGAAGCCGUGCAUCACCUACGGCCUCAGGGGCAUCUGCUACUUUUUCAUUGAGGUGGAAUGCAGUGACAAAGACCUGCACUCUGGGGUGUACGGGGGCUCGGUGCAUGAGGCCAUGACAGAUCUCAUCACGUUGAUGGGCUGCUUGGUGGACCGGAAGGGGAAGAUCCUCAUCCCUGGCAUCAACGAGGCUGUGGCCUCUGUGACGGAGGAGGAGCUGGGGCUCUACAAGCAGAUCGACUUCGACCUGGAGGAGUACGCCAAGGACGUGGGGGUGCAGACCCUGCUGCAUGGCUGCAAGGAGGACAUCCUGAUGCACAGAUGGCGGUACCCGUCCCUCUCCCUGCACGGGAUCGAAGGCGCCUUCUCCGGCUCAGGGGCCAAGACCGUGAUUCCCAGGAAGGUGGUCGGCAAGUUCUCCAUCAGGCUGGUGCCCAACAUGAUUCCUGAGGUGGUCAGCGAGCAGGUUACAAAGUACUUGACUAAGAAGUUUGCUGAGCUGCAGAGCCCCAACAAGUUCAAGGUGUACAUGGGCCAUGGCGGGAAGCCCUGGGUGUCCGACUUCAACCACCCCCACUACAUGGCCGGGAGAAGAGCUCUGAAGACAGUGUUUGGUGUUGAGCCGGACUUAACCCGGGAAGGCGGCAGCAUCCCUGUGACCCUGACUUUCCAGGAGGCCACAGGCAGGAGCGUCAUGCUGUUGCCUGUGGGGUCCGCGGACGAUGGUGCCCACUCCCAGAAUGAGAAGCUCAACAGGCACAACUACAUAGAAGGAACCAAGGUGCUGGCUGCAUACCUGUACGAGGUGUCUCAGCUGCAGGACUGAGCGCCCGCGCCCGGGUGCCCCGAAGCCGCCCGCCUCGCCCACAGCCUCUUCUGAUCACUCCGGAAAGCAGUCUGUCUCCUUCCUGUCACAGCCCACACAGGCGUCCAGGAAUGGACGCGGGAGCACCAGCCUGGCCCAGGGGUGUCGUGACCUCCCCCGGGCAGUUGCACACAGUGACCUUGAGCGUCCUCUGGCCUCUCCGGAGCCAGCGUGCUGUCGGUCUCGGCACAGGCUCUGCAGAGAGGCUGGCUGACAUCUCUUCGGGCUGAACGGGGGCCGUGCUGGUCCUGGCCCCGCCUGUGCCUCCGGUUCAGGGUCCGGCACACCUGGAGUUCCUGUCGGGUGUCUGACACCUGAGGGCCCCCCUUCCUGAUCCCUGUGUGGUGGUGUCCUUUUCUGAGCACUGUAACCCUGACGCCAUCUCCUGCCUUCUCUCACUAACCCUCCACUCCUGAGCCUAACUGGAAGGACACUGGUCUGUCUGCUGAUAAAUAAAAAGUACAAAUG